CUCGAAUUGAUAAUUUAUCUACCUUUCAAGUUUUGAAUUGAUAAAAUUCCAAAUAUUAAAGUAGUACAACAUUUCAUAGUCCCUACUACAGCGCACCUCGUCUUGAACAUUAGGAUGCAAAUCAACAAUUUUUUUUCUCAAAUGAGGAUAAGCUUCUAAAGAUUCAAAAUAAACAUGUUGAUCAUGUGUAUUGUCAGCGAAAUUAAUUUCAUAUUCACCAAUUAUUUUAUUCAAUUCGUCACUUAAUAACGGAAAAUCAUAAUAGAAAUUUUAAUAAUUAAAUUAAUUAUGUAAAGUGUAAAGUUGGGGGUUUUUAAAAAAGGCAAAAUGAUGUAGUUGUGAUCUUUUACAAUAAUAAAUCAAAAAAGGGGGAAAUUUUUUAAAACCUCUCCUCCGUUGCUCUGCUCCGGUCUUUGUGUUACAUACGGAGUAUUUGUUUUUAUGUUAUAUAUAUCGUUAUAAGUAAAUUUUAAAUAAAAUAUAAUAUAAAAUAUAUAGGUAUUUUUUGGAAGUAUAAUGGAUCCGCCAUCGGUGGCCUUUAAUUGCAGAAUUCUUACUCACAGAGUAUAGUCAUCCAGUGCAGGGAACCAGAUGACUCAUGGAAAGCAUUGUCAGUGUCGUCUUCCCCUCCGUCCAAAUGAUUUUGCUCAAUUUUACUUUCUCCAUCUGCUCUUGGUGCUUUCGCCGAUCUGCACGGUGGCAGCUAGUGGAUAUUCACCGGGUGCGGAAGCUGAAAUCAUAUCGAGAUUCCAGGAGUACCUCCGAAUCGACACCGCCCAACCGAAUCCGCGCUACAGAGAAGCGGCGGAUUUCAUCAUCUCCCAGGCCAACUCCCUGUCCCUCGAAUCUCAGACCAUCGAAUUCGUCAAGGGAAAGCCCGUUGUCCUCCUCAAAUGGCCUGGGAAGGACCCGAGCAUCCCCUCUGUCCUUCUCAAUUCCCACACUGACGUUGUCCCUUCCGAGCCUCACAAAUGGUCCUUCCAUCCUUUUGGCGCCCAACUCGAUCUCGCCACCGGAAAUAUCUACGCCAGGGGCUCCCAGGACAUGAAGUGCGUUGGUCUACAGUACCUGGAAGCUAUUCGCAGCCUCAAGGCCUCUGGGUUCAGGCCAACCCGCAGUGUCUACCUUUCCUUUGUCCCUGAUGAGGAAAUUGGUGGCCACGACGGUGCCGAGAAAUUUGUAAAUUCCGAUAUCUUUCAGGAGAUGAACGUUGGGGUUGUGCUGGACGAGGGAUUGGCUUCUCCCACCGAUAACUACCGCGUCUUCUAUGGUGAGAGGUCCUCUUGGUGGCUGGUUAUCAAGGCAGUUGGUGCUCCUGGACACGGUGCCAAGCUCUAUGACAAUACUGCUAUGGAGAAUCUUUUUAAGAGUAUUGAAAGCAUAAGGAGGUUCAGGGCUUCUCAGUUUGACUUGGUCAAGGCUGGCAUGAAGGCUGAAGGAGAGGUCAUUUCUGUCAAUAUGGUGUUUUUGAAAACUGGCACUCCUUCCCCCACUGGCUUUGUCAUGAACUUACAGCCAUCCGAAGCCGAAGCAGGUUUUGAUGUUCGAGUUCCACCAACUGCUGAUCAAGCCUCAUUGGAGAGACGAAUUUCUGAGGAAUGGGCACCUGCUUCACGCAACAUGACCUUUGAGUUCAAGGUGAAGGGAUCCAUACAUGAUAAGUUUGGGAAACCAGCACUCACAGCUACAGACAGUUCUAAUGUUUGGUGGGCCUUAUUAGAGGAAGCUGUCAAGGAUGCAAAUGAGAAACUGGGAAAGCCAGAAAUAUUUCCUGCCUCUACAGAUGCACGUUGCUUUAGAGAUCGAGGCAUUCCAGCUAUUGGAUUUUCUCCCAUGGCAAAUACUCCUAUUCUCCUUCACGACCACAAUGAGUUUUUGAACAAGGAUGAGUAUUUGAAAGGCAUUGGUGUUUACAAGUCAAUAAUCAAAGCUUAUGCUUCUUUUGUUGAGCACAUGCGAGAUGAUAUAUCCAAAGCAGAGUUAUGAGGGAUACAGCUUGCCUUCGUCCUAUGUGCAGGAUUUAUAAAAGUGCGUCCCAAGUGGAAAAGUGGGCAUACGUAGCAACAAAUGACUGACUGAUUGACUGUUCGGUUACUACUCCCACUUGCACUUUUUCAACACUUUUCCAUUUGAAUCCAAUCACAGAAUAGACAAGUCACUACUUGUCAUCCUUUUGUUGUAAACUAUACAUAAAAAACUGCAAUAUGUUUGGAUUGGCCUCCUUUUUUUUGUAUGUAAAAAGCGCAUAGUACCUCUGGGGCCGAGAAGAGAAUGAAUGAAAGUGGUGAUGGACUUAACUAUUGGUCCGUUGUUUGCUUAAACUUAUGCUUUGUGUAUUUUUUAAUACUCCCUCCUUCUCCCAAUUAAAUUCCCGGUUUGACUUCACACGUAUUAAGAAAAUAAA